AUAGAGCAGGAUUAUAAGAGAUCAAAUAUUCGUGCAGGUAUCGCGACAGGAGGGUUGGCGAGAUAGGCUCGCAAAAAGUACAUAGAGACAUACAUUACAACCUGCAAGCCACAUGCGCCUCACCUUCAUCCGACCGCCAUCCGCCUCGCCGUCUUGUUCCCAAUCGCAUGCCAAUCAAUUUCCUGAAUGACCGAAUCUGCUUUCUGCCCUGGCCAGUAGCCGAAGUUGGCGAAAACGGUGGUCGGAUACUGAACAGCAGCACAAUGGGCGCCGGCCGUCGAUUUUCUCGUCACAGCGCCGCCGCCGCCGUCGCCGCCGAUGAAAACAUGAGAGAUGAUUAAUAACGGGCAGGGGAUAUGCAUUACUCGCAGAUACGGAAUAAUAAUAAUAACAAUAAUAAUAAUAAAUAUACCUAAACGAGAGCGAGCUUUUUUUUUGUUGGCGCGGGCUGAGACAAGCAGGGCCGGCAACCGGGCUUCAAGUCACGGCGGCUGGGUCCUGUGUGACGGCCAUCGUCAUUGGAGUCGCGCGGGUUGCGCUCGUCCACCGCAACGAGGGUCCUCAAACACUUUCUUUCCAUUUUUGUUCCUCCUGUUGGUGUUUCUUCGGUUCCUGCCUGCCGCCCCCUCCCUCCUUUCCGUUUGGGCUUGGGCGGCUGACCGACCGACACUUCAGUUGCGACUGACGUGUCUGGGAGACGUCGGGUCUGCCAGCAAAGCCCUUCCCUCCUUCUCGUAUGUAUUGUACCAUCGCGAGCAGAGAGACGCUGUCUGCUUCCGACUUUUUCAUGGAGAGCUCAACAAAACGAGCUAAGUGCUGUAGGGCUACCUAUGGUGCCCCCCUCUGGAGUGUACAGCACGCACGCCAUUUUAGUGUAGACCCGCCUGGGUAUUCUGUACUCCGUACUUGCUCGGUUGACCUCACCGACUCUUGCUCGUCCCGGUGAUAUUCAUGCGUUCAAUGCGCGCUCAAUUGGAGUCAUUGCUGAACGUGCUGGGCCCUAACGUUAGCUUUCAGGUGUUGCGCGGUAAGCCAUCCACCCCCCCCC